AUGCCAGCUUCAAUGAGUCUUGAACGAAGAAUCAUUCUCAGAGCUUUUGGAGCUGAGUUGGUUCUUACUGAUCCAGCUAAGGGCAUGAAGGGUGCUGUGCAGAAGGCUGAGGAGAUUUUAGCUAAGACACCAGAUGCAUACAUGCUCCAGCAGUUUGAAAAUCCUUCCAAUCCAAAGAUACAUUAUGAGACAACUGGACCAGAGGUAUGGAAAGGCAUAGAUGGAAAAAUUGAUGCAUUUGUUUCUGGGAUAGGUACUGGUGGUACCAUAACAGGUGCAGGCAAAUAUCUUAAAGAGCAGAACCCCAAUAUAAAGCUAUAUGGAGUGGAACCAGUUGAAAGUCCUGCUCUCUCUGGAGCAAAGCCUGGUCCACAUAAGAUCCAAGGAAUUGGUGCUGGUUUUAUCCCUGGUGUUCUGGAAGUUGGUCUUAUUGAUGAAGUUGUUCAGAUAUCAAGUGAUGAAGCAAUUGAAACUGCAAAGCUUCUCGCACUGAAGGAAGGCUUGCUUGUGGGAAUAUCAUCUGGUGCUGCCGCAGCAGCUGCUAUUAAAAUUGCGAAGAGACCUGAAAAUGCUGGAAAACUCAUUGUUGUGAUUUUCCCAAGCUUUGGAGAAAGGUAUCUGUCGUCAGUGCUCUUUGAAUCGGUCAGGAAAGAGGCCGAAAACAUGACCUUUGAGCCAUGAGCUAAUUUUCUUCUUUGCAAGUAGUUCUGGUUUUAUAGACAACAUGGUUUAGAUCUGAGAAUGAAUAAAUUUAUUGAGUUACUUUGAUCUGUAGCUCAAGUUCGGAAUUUACUUAUAGGAUAGCCAUUCUGGUACUGAAAAUGAACCAUUUACAAAUUU